GCUGGGCUGUGAGCAUAUUUUGUCUCCUGAGUUUCUCAAAAUAUUAAUGUCAGUGAAACCAAAGGAAAAUGAGUGUGGCUCUAACCAAGAGAGCUGAUCCAGCUGAGUUGAAAACAAUAUUUUUGAAGUAUGCGAGUGUGGAGAAGAAUGGUGAAUUCUUCAUGUCUCCUAAUGACUUUGUCACACGGUACCUGAAGAUAAUUGGAGAUGGUUUGCCUAAUGCAAGCACUGUACAGCUCCUUGCAGGUGUGGUGGAUCAGACAAAAGAUGGGUUGAUAUCCUUUCAAGAGUUUGUGGCAUUUGAAUCAGUCCUGUGUGCUCCAGAUGCAUUGUUCAUAGUAGCCUUUCAGCUGUUUGACAAGACUGGCAAAGGAGAAGUUACUUUUGAGGAUGCUAAGCAAGUUUUUGGCCAGACCACGAUUCAUCAGCACAUUCCUUUUAACUGGAAUUCAGAGUUUGUACAGCUGCAUUUUGGAAAGGAUAGAAAAAGACACCUAACAUAUGCGGAGUUCACCCAGUUUUUACUGGAGAUACAGUUAGAACAUGCAAAACAAGCUUUUGUGCAGAGAGACAAUGCUCAGGCCGGAAGAGUCACAGCUAUGGACUUCAGGGACAUUAUGGUCACUAUCCGGCCACACAUGCUGACACCAUUUGUAGAAGAAUGUCUAGUAGCUGCUGCUGGAGGUACCACUUCCCAUCAGGUCAGCUUUUCCUAUUUUAAUGGAUUUAAUUCUCUCCUUAACAACAUGGAGCUCAUUAGAAAGAUCUACAGUACUCUGGCUGGAAAUAGAAAAGAUGUGGAAGUCACUAAGGAGGAGUUUGUUCUGGCAGCUCAGAAAUUUGGUCAGGUUACACCCAUGGAAGUUGACAUCUUGUUUCAGUUAGCAGAUCUAUAUGAGCCACGGGGGCGCAUGACGUUAGCUGAUAUUGAAAGAAUUGCUCCUCUGGAGGAAGGGACGUUGCCUUACAACCUGGCUGAGGCUCAGAGGCAGAAAGCUUCAGGUGAUGUGUCUCGACCUAUUCUCAUCCAGAUUGCAGAAUCGGCAUACAGAUUUGCCCUUGGUUCGGUUGCUGGAGCUGUUGGAGCCACUGCAGUCUACCCAAUUGAUUUGGUAAAAACUCGAAUGCAAAACCAGCGCUCUACAGGCUCUUUUGUGGGAGAACUUAUGUAUAAAAACAGCUUUGAUUGCUUCAAGAAAGUGCUACGUUAUGAAGGUUUCUUUGGGCUUUAUAGAGGUCUGUUACCACAGCUAUUAGGAGUAGCACCAGAGAAGGCCAUAAAACUUACUGUUAAUGAUUUUGUGAGAGAUAAGUUUAUGACUAAAGAUGGCUCUGUCCCACUGGCUGCAGAAAUUCUUGCUGGUGGCUGUGCUGGAGGUUCUCAAGUGAUCUUUACCAAUCCACUGGAAAUUGUUAAGAUUCGAUUACAGGUGGCUGGAGAAAUUACUACUGGUCCACGAGUUAGUGCCCUCACUGUAUUACGGGACUUAGGCUUCUUUGGUCUCUACAAGGGUGCUAAGGCAUGUUUUUUGCGUGACAUCCCCUUCUCUGCCAUUUACUUCCCCUGUUAUGCUCACUUGAAAGCUUCAUUUGCAAAUGAGGAUGGGAGGGUCAGCCCUGGAAAUCUGCUCUUGGCUGGAUCAAUAGCUGGUAUGCCUGCAGCCUCUCUGGUGACCCCUGCGGAUGUCAUCAAAACAAGGCUACAGGUGGCAGCCCGGGCAGGACAGACCACCUACAGCGGCGUUGUAGACUGUUUUGCAAAGAUCCUUCGAGAGGAAGGUCCGAAGGCUCUGUGGAAAGGAGCAGGAGCUCGUGUAUUUCGAUCUUCUCCUCAGUUUGGUGUAACUCUCGUAACUUACGAGCUACUGCAGAGAUGGUUUUACGUGGACUUCGGAGGAGUAAAACCAGCUGGAUCAGAGCCAGUUCCUAAAUCUAGGAUCACACUCCCUGCUCCUAACCCUGACCAUGUAGGUGGUUAUAAAUUGGCAGUUGCCACUUUUGCAGGGAUUGAAAACAAGUUUGGACUUUACCUACCUCGGUUUAAGCCAUCGCCACCUACCUCAAAGGCUGCUGCAGCAGUAGGACCCUAAGUUUAUUGCUGUAGGUUUUUUGUUAUUAGUUGGGAAAGAGCCACUUUUCUAAUUGGUUAUUACUUUGUUCCUUUAGCUUCUCAUCAUAUAACAGUUUAGCUUCAUUUGAGUUUUAAGGCAAUUUUCAUCCUAAAUGUAAUCAUUUGUCUUUGUGCUUCCUUAACCAGAUCACUGUGAAAUUCUUACCAGUUGUUUUAAGUUUGGGACCAUGAAUGUAUUUGUCCACAUCUGACAUGCGCUUGUGUUGGGAAGACACUAAUUUUAGGUUCUGUUUAUUGGGGAGGGCUGGGUGAGAGCUGUGAACCAGAUCAUCUUACAGGCAAUGCUCAGUUGCAGAUCACCAGGGCGGAUGUUGCACAUCGUCACUCAAAUGGAAAAACUCCGUAGAUAUCACGGUGCUCAAAGCGGAAUGAUUUUGACUGUACAUGUAAAUUGGUUAUAAACUUAGUGCGUGUCUGUAGAGGUCAGCAAAUAUAUACCCGGUACCUAAGUAUGCCAGUACAGCUUCAACUUUUUAAAUAUGUACACGCACAAGUUCUGUUUCUGGAUUGUAUUAUGAAGCUUUUAUGUGGAACAUGUUUUUGUAAUGGAAACCACAUUUAUAAAUGUUUAGCCGUUGUAUUAUGUUACUGGUAUCAAAAUGCUCAAAAGAAAGUGUUAUUGUCCAUAGUCUUUGCACUUUAUGGAAGAACUUUUGGCAUUCUACUACACAUACAAGGAAAUUUCAUAACUAGGUGCCUAUCUUGGGUUGCUGGUGUUUGAAAUUCAGUUUGUAUAUGCACUUCUAUAGUAAACCGCUGCUUGUUUAAAUAACUGCAAUAGAAAAUUCAUGCACUGUAUCAAUGGUACCUGCCUUAACUGCUGGCUUGUAAUUGGCAAAUAGGUGGUUUCAAAUUCUUAUUUACUUCAUUGAGUCAAAAGAGAUUAAAAUACUCUAAAAGAAAAGAUUUUACUUAAUUUUUUGGUGCCUUGCACAGUGUUUAGAAAAUUAUGUAUUUAUGAAGAUAGAAAUAAACCUUUCAAACAGA